UUCUUUUAGGAAUACUUUUAGUUGGACCACCAGGGACAGGGAAGACACUUCUUGCUCGAGCUGUGGCUGGAGAAGCUGAUGUUCCUUUUUAUUAUGCUUCUGGAUCAGAAUUUGAUGAAAUGUUUGUGGGUGUGGGAGCCAGCCGUAUCAGAAAUCUAUUUAGGGAAGCAAAAGCAAAUGCUCCCUGUGUUAUAUUUAUUGAUGAAUUAGAUUCUGUUGGUGGGAAGCGAAUUGAGUCUCCAAUGCACCCAUAUUCAAGGCAGACUAUAAAUCAACUUCUUGCUGAAAUGGAUGGUUUUAAACCCAAUGAAGGAGUUAUCAUAAUAGGAGCCACAAACUUCCCAGAGGCAUUAGAUAAUGCCUUAAUACGUCCUGGUCGUUUUGACAUGCAGGUUACAGUUCCAAGACCAGAUGUAAAAGGUCGAACAGAAAUUUUGAAAUGGUAUCUCAAUAAAAUAAAGUUUGAUCAGUCUGUUGAUCCAGAAAUUAUAGCUCGAGGUACUGUUGGCUUUUCUGGAGCAGAGUUGGAGAAUCUUGUGAACCAGGCUGCAUUAAAGGCAGCUGUUGAUGGAAAAGAAAUGGUUACCAUGAAGGAACUAGAGUUUUCCAAAGAUAAAAUUCUAAUGGGACCUGAACGCAGAAGCGUGGAAAUUGAUAACAAAAACAAAACCAUCACAGCAUAUCAUGAAUCUGGUCAUGCUAUUAUUGCAUAUUACACUAAAGAUGCAAUGCCUAUCAACAAAGCUACAAUCAUGCCACGAGGGCCAACACUUGGACAUGUGUCCCUGUUGCCUGAGAAUGACAGAUGGAAUGAAACUAGAGCUCAGUUGCUUGCACAGAUGGAUGUUAGUAUGGGAGGAAGAGUAGCUGAGGAGCUUAUAUUUGGAACUGACCAUAUCACAACAGGUGCUUCCAGUGAUUUUGAUAAUGCAACUAAAAUAGCAAAACGGAUGGUUACCAAAUUUGGAAUGAGUGAAAAGCUUGGAGUUAUGACCUACAGUGAUACUGGGAAACUGAGUCCAGAAACUCAAUCUGCUAUUGAACAAGAAAUUAGAAUCCUUCUAAGGGACUCAUAUGAACGAGCGAAACAUAUCUUGAAGACUCAUGCAAAAGAGCAUAAGAAUCUAGCAGAAGCUUUACUAACCUAUGAGACUUUGGAUGCCAAAGAGAUUCAAAUUGUUCUUGAGGGAAAGAAAUUGGAAGUGAGAUGAUAACUCUUAAAAUGGAUGCAUUGCUGGUUUUACUGCAAGAAUAUAUAAGUAGCAUUUCAGUAGUCUCUUUUUGCAAUGCUUUUCUCCCAUUCUUGCCUUGGUGUCACUCAAGGGUGUGAAACACUUUGUCUCUCUUUUGUCAUGUUUAAUCUAAUUUUGGUUAUUCUCCUGAUGACACCUAUUGCAAAUUAUCAACCCAUAGUAAAUAUGUUAAAGAAAAUAAAGAACUAUUAGGAUUGGAAACAGCUUGUUUGAGAAAUGUCAAUAAGUUAUUCAUUUGAAAAUAAGUAGUGAUUUUAUGGUUGGUUCCUCUAUUAGAUGUGAAUAAAAAUUGUGCCUUUAGCUCUUGGGAAGUAUUUUUACUUGGCAAAGUAAAAUUGUUGAAGGAUUGUCUUUGUUUUUAGAUAGUACCUUUUAUCUUUGAUAAAGAUAUGCUGCCAUUUGGCUGUCAGUGAACCAUAUUUCUAUAUAGGUCAGUGGAAACUUCAUUAAGAUGCACUUAAUUAUGCUCCAGAUUGUCCGUAUAUAAAAUAGUUCUUUUUGUUUUUGUCUAAGAGUAGAGAAUUGUAAAUGUACAGAUAUAAUCAGAAUUUACAUGAUUAUAACCUUUUAGAAAUGCAGCUUGCAUUUUCAUGGUCUUUUUUUUUCUUUUAAACAUCAUUAUCAUUCUUACUAAUGAAAUUUAUUUCAGAGCUGCAAGUAUUUUGUUAAAUAAAAAGUGAGUCACUUCAAAAUCUAAAUAACUAUAAUUACGCUUGGUAUUAAAAGAAAAAUUAACCCAAAAUCUCAGUCCCUUCAAAGUGAACUUUGAAUUACCCUAUGUUAGAAAUGUAAAGUCAUGUUUGCUUUUCAUUUGGAUUUAGUGAAUAUGAAUAUGUUGUUACUGGAUUUACAGAUGACUUUAUUUAACUCAAUAGAAAAAUUAUUUUAGAGCUCAUUGUAUUGGUUUUACAACCAAAUUAUAUUCUUGAAGUGAUUUUAUUAAAAUUACCUACAGUUUUCUAAUAA